GUCACGGUAAAAGUCUACUUUGAUGUGGCCAUUGACGGCAAGUCGGCCGGCCGCAUCACCAUGGGCUUAUUUGGCAAUGCCGUUCCGUUGACGGCGGAGAAUUUCAGGCAGCUCUGCACAGGCGCUUGGGCCGCCCUCCCUGCCCCACCGGCGGCACUGCACACGGGAUGUGCGGACCGCUUUGCGAUAGGCGAGGCGGGAGGCUCGCUCACUUUCGAGGGCUCUCGAUUCCACAGAGUCAUUCCCGGGUUUAUGAUCCAGGGAGGAGACAUCACAGCAGGCGAACGCUCCCAAGCGUUCGCACAGCAUUCCGCACUCUCGUAUACCCGCUCGAGCGAUGGCACUGGAGGCGAGUCCAUAUACGGAAAGACGUUCGCGGACGAGAGCUUUGCCAUCAAGCACGGCGGGCCGGGCACGCUCUCGAUGGCCAACGCGGGUGCGCACGCUGUGCUGGCAGGCUCACAAUUCUUCAUCACGCUGGAAGCGACGCCCUGGCUCAACGGUCGGCAUGUGGUCUUUGGCCAGGUACUCGACGGCAUGGACGUGGUCAAGGCGAUUGAGGCGGUCGGCUCAGAUUCCGGAGACACCUCCAAGGAGGUGUCAAUCGUGGCGUCCGGGGAGAUCGCA